AUGUCCGCAGCUAAUUAUGCUCUUUUCACAAUUCCAGCAUAUCUGGUCAUCGCAAUGUUCCCACACGCAUAUAGUGUGUGGUUGAUCACUACAAACAACAACAACAAAUGGGAUUUACAGUCACCUCGAUCGACGAACAACCGCAGCAAGACAGAGGCGUCGGUUCCGAAGCACAUAUAUCGCCGAUUUGAGCGGUGUCGGUCUGCCCACGAGAACAUGCUCGAGAACAUGGCUUUUGUCGUGGGAGGAAUCCUGUCUGGUGUCGUGACCAGAUUGGAUGCUGAGUGGAUGAAUCUGAUGUGCGGUCUCUACCUUGUCAGCCGGAUCCUGUACACUAUCAGCUAUGUGAGCAUAGCAAGCGCCAAGUGGGCACCCAUGCGGACAGCCUGGUAUCUGUAA